GGAGGAGAGAAGAUGGCGGAAGCGGAAUUUAAGGACCACAGCACCGCUAUGGAUACCGAGCCAAACUCUGGAACGUCCGUGUCAACAACAGCCAGUAGCACCACCACCACCACCAUCACCACUUCCUCGUCUCGGAUGCAGCAACCACAGAUCUCUGUCUACAGUGGCUCAGACCGACAUGCUGUUCAGGUGAUUCAGCAGGCCUUGCAUCGGCCCCCCAGCUCGACAGCUCACUACCUUCAGCAGAUGUACGCGGCUCAGCAACAGCACCUGAUGCUGCACACAGCCGCCCUUCAGCAGCAGCAUCUGAGCAGCUCCCAGCUCCAGAGUCUUGCUGCUGUCCAGGCAAGUUUGUCCAGCGGAAGACCAUCUACAUCCCCAACAGGAAGUGUCACACAACAGUCAAGCAUGUCCCAGACAUCUAUUAACCUUUCCACUUCUCCUACACCUGCUCAGCUGAUGAAUCGUUCCCAGACUUCCAGUUCUACCAGCGGCAGUAUUACCCAACAGACUAUGUUGCUAGGGAGUACCUCUCCAACGUUAACGGCCAGCCAAGCUCAAAUGUAUCUCCGAGCUCAAAUGCUGAUUUUCACACCCGCUACCACUGUGGCUGCUGUACAGUCUGACAUUCCUGUUGUCUCGUCGCCAUCGUCAUCUUCCUGUCAGUCUGCAGCUACUCAGGUUCAGAACUUAACAUUACGCAGCCAGAAGCUGGGUGUCUUAUCUAGCUCACAGAAUGGCCCACCAAAAAGCACUGGUCAAACUCAGUCGCUGACAAUUUGCCAUAAUAAGACAACAGUGACCAGCUCUAAAGUCAGCCAACGAGACCCUUCUCCAGAGAGCAAGAAGGGAGGAAGCCCAAGUCUGGAAUCUCGAAGCACAGCUGUCACUCGAACAUCAAGCAUUCACCAAUUAAUAGCACCAGCUUCAUAUUCUCCAAUUCAGCCUCAUUCUCUAAUCAAACAUCAACAGAUUCCUCUUCAUUCACCACCUUCUAAGGUUUCCCAUCAUCAGCUGAUAUUACAACAGCAACAACAGCAAAUUCAGCCAAUCACCCUUCAGAGUCCAACUCGAGAUCCACCCCCAUCCCAGCACUGUAUCCCACUCCCAAACCAUGGCCUUUCUCCAGCUCCCAGUAGUGCUCAGUCACAGCACUGCUCCCCAAUUCAGAGCCAUCCCCCUCCUUUAACUGUGUCUCCUAAUCAGGCACAGUCCGCACAGCAGUCUGUAGUAGUGUCUCCUCCUCCACCUCAUUCCCCAAGUCAGUCUCCUACUAUAAUUAUCCAUCCACAAGCACUUAUCCAGCCACACCCUCUUGUGUCUUCAGCUCUUCAGACAGGGCCAAAUUUGCAGCAGGCUACUGCUGAUCAGGUACAGCCCACAGCACAGCUCAAUCUUCCAUCCCAUCUUCCACUUCCAGCAUCCCCUGUGGUACACAUUGGCCCUGUUCAGCAGUCUGCUUUGGUGUCCCCUGGUCAGCAGAUUGUGUCCCCAACAUCACAUCAGCAAUAUUCAGCCCUACAGUCAUCUCCAAUUCCAAUGGCAACCCCUCCACAGAUGUCGACAUCUCCUCCAGCUCAGAUCCCACCACUGCCUUUGCAGUCUAUGCAGUCUUUACAAGUGCAGCCUGAAAUUCUAUCCCAGGGCCAGGUUUUGGUGCAGAAUGCUUUGGUGUCAGAAGAGGAGCUACCUGCUGCAGAAGCUUUGGUCCAGUUGCCAUUUCAGACUCUUCCUCCUCCACAGACUGUUGCGGUAAAUCUCCAAGUGCAGCCACCAGCACCUGUUGAUCCACCAGUGGGAAUGCAUUUGAACCAGUGUCAUCUGCACAAAGUUUUUUCUCUUAAGGUUUAUCAAGUAGAAGAUGUGUGUGAGGAAGAAAUGCCAGAGGAGUCAGAUGAAUGUGCGAGGAUGGAUAGAACACCACCACCACCUACUUUGUCUCCAGCAGCUAUAACUGUGGGGAGAGGAGAGGAUUUGACAUCUGAGCAUCCUUUGUUAGAGCAAGUGGAGUUGCCUGCUGUGGCUUCAGUCAGUGCUUCAGUGAUCAAGUCUCCAUCAGACCCCGCCCAUGGCUCUGUUCCUCCACCACCACUCUUAAUUCCUGCUGCCUCCACAAGGAGCAAUAGCACAUCCAUGGCCAGCAGCACUGCCACCCUAGAAAACAAGCCUCCACAGGCCAUUGUGAAACCACAGAUCUUAACCCACGUUAUAGAAGGUUUUGUGAUUCAGGAGGGAUUGGAGCCAUUUCCUGUGAGCCGUUCAUCUUUGCUGAUAGAACAACCUGUGAAAAAGAGGCCUCUUUUGGAUAAUCAGGUGGCAAAUUCCAUGUGUGUUCAGCCAGAGCUACAGAAUAACACAAAGCAUGCAGAUAACUCAUCUGAUACAGAGAUGGAAGACAUGAUUGCUGAAGAGACAUUAGAAGAGAUGGAUAGUGAGUUGCUCAAGUGUGAAUUCUGUGGAAAAAUGGGAUAUCCAAAUGAAUUCUUACGGUCAAAACGAUUCUGUACUAUGUCAUGUGCCAAAAGGUACAAUGUUAGCUGUUCUAAAAAAUUUGGACUUAGUCGUUGGAAUCGUAAGCCUGAUAAUCAGAGUCUUGGGCAUCGGGGCCGUCGACCAAGUGGCCCUGAAGGGGCAGCAAGAGAGCAUCUCCUUAGGCAGCUUCCAAUUACUUAUCCAUCUGCAGAAGAAGACGUGGCCUCUCAGGAAGAUUCUGUGCCCUCUGCUAUGACAACUCGUCUGCGCAGGCAGAGUGAGCGGGAAAGAGAACGUGAACUUCGCGAUGUGAGAAUCAGGAAAAUGCCUGAGAACAGUGACUUGCUUCCCGUUGCACAGAGUGAGCCCUCUAUUUGGACUGUUGAUGAUGUCUGGGCCUUCAUCCAUUCUUUGCCUGGCUGCCAGGAUGUUGCAGAUGAAUUCAGGGCACAAGAGAUUGAUGGACAGGCCCUGCUCUUGCUAAAAGAAGACCAUCUCAUGAGUGCAAUGAACAUCAAGCUGGGCCCAGCCCUGAAGAUCUGUGCACGCAUCAACUCUCUGAAAGACUCGUAACAGGAACUGAGACUUGGUGUGACAUCAGUUUUAUUCCUCCUAAUAGGUAAAGGUAAAGCCUCAUCUGGCUGAGAAUACUAGGCUGAUGCUGGAAGGCCAAGCACAUUGGGACCACCACAUCUAGUGCCGGCAUUUCUCUUCAGAUACCCUAGGUCAUCAUACAUUUUCAUAAUUAGCCAACAUUGGUGAAGUUAAUUUUACCACACUGAAAGACUUGUUACAGAGGCCCAUAUUUUUCAAAGAAACAUGUUAUACUAGAUAAUUUUUUAAAGGUAAUGUUUACCAUUAAUAUAAAAGAAUCCUUUUAAAAAUAAUUGAUUUACACUCCCCCUUCCUUUAAUUCCAUUUUCUUGUAUCUUUUUUUACCCUGUUAGUUUUCUAAAGGUUGUUGUAGAGAUAUAGGGUAAUUUAGGAGCCCAUUGACAGAACUGAAUGCAAUGAAAUACCAGUGUGUUUAAAAACAAUAACAGAUCUUUCAGACAAAUGCUUUGGUUGUGAAAAAGGAUUAUGUUCUAACAUAAGCAGUAUUUAUGGAGGUCACAAGUGUCUCUGUUCUAGACUUCACCCAGAUUGGCAUGACUGACAGUUUUCCUCCAGACUUUGUACAUUAAGAGCAAUAGUUUUCAGUGGAGGUCCCUCUUUGUCCUCCAGGGGACAAUGGCAAUUAUCUAGACAUAUUUUGGUUGCUACAACUUGGGGUUGAGGUUUUAGGGAGAGUUGUUAUAGGAAUCGAGGAAGUAGUGACAGACAGCCAGAGAUGUUGCUGAAUGUCCUACAGUACACAGGACAUCCCUCUGUCAAUAAUGAUGUUUUACACAUGCCAGUGGUGCUAAGGUUGAGGGGCCUUGCUGAGCAAAGAGCUGCAUGCUGCUCUUUUUCACCUGCAGAGACAUAAGUGAAGGAUGGGCUGUGAUGAGGAGUACGUGGACAGUGAAGUAUUAUUCAGAUGGCACUAAUGUUCUACGGAAGUAGUUUUUAGUUUUACUGUAUACUAAAAAGAGGACAUCCAUAAAAUUGGCCUAUACAAUUAGGCUAACUUAGAAAUCAUAUGGCUCUGAUAUGGCACUGGCCAUACUCACCUCUUCCUGGCUCUUCCUCUGCACUGGUGAAGGUGUCAGAUGCAUUCGUGCCUAUGAGCCUCUUCCAGCAGAAGAGUUGGCAGUGGAGAUGUGAUUCUCUUCCCAAAUGCUCCAAGCAACCCUGCUGACUCUGGCUAGGAUGAACAUCUCUUUCUCCCUUACUAAGCCUUUGGAUUUUCCCACAAAGUAUUUAAAGUGAUUUCUCUUAAUCAAAAGUUUUCAUUCAACAGUUUUCUGUUAGGGCAUUAAGACAAAUUUUCUGUGGAUGCUCUGAGAGCCUUAUGGUACUGGGCAUCAAAAGAUUUGCUGAUUGUGUUUGCUUUCUCUAUCUUUACUACAUGUUUGAGAAAUCUGAACAGCUGAAGGAGCAUGUACAAAUCCUUUGCCACAGAUGUAAGAGACAGCAAGAGUCUGAGUGCAAUCAUUUCUACUGCUCUUUUCAGAGAUCAUGUUGAGCUAGUAUAAGACUGAGAUGUCACAAGGAUAUCACAGAUAUUUAUCUUUUGACUUUGUGUACAUUCGAAAUGUUGGUUAUUUUUAUACAAAAAUAUAGCAGAUAAUUUUUUUAAGCUUUAGAUGCCUCUUGUUUGAAUGUACACUUUGUGGGAUGUUUGGUGUAGUGUUUUAAGAGGUGUUCACUGGCAGUCCUGUGUAGACUCAGAAUGUGGAAGUAGCGUGAGACUCCUGUUUCAGACCUACAGCAGUAUAGUCUACAUUACAUAUUUCUUUGCAUCACUGUUAUUAACAUUUCAAGGAAGGUAGGUGCUCUACUGUCAGCUUCAUUUAUUAGUACUGAGUCAUUAUGGCAGAGUUGUCAUAGACUUUCCCCUCAUUAACACAGGCUAAGCAGCACUAAGAGAUUGCCUGCCAUUAUGGAGGAGGCACACAGGCAGAUUUCCUCUGGAAUUAAAACUGUAUUGUGGUAAUCCACAGUUAAUAUAAGAUUGAUUGUCUAGUGUAGGCCUCCAGCAAUAAUGCUUUUCCCUCCUAUUAAUACUUAUACACAUAGCCUUUAAGGUGUUAACUCUGCAUUUUUACUAAAAUCAGUCCAUGGUGUGCUUAUGAGAAACCCCUGUGCCUAGCCCUGCCUUUAAGCAUCCCUAAGCAGUUUACAAGAAGGGUUUCUAUUGGAGAAUGCCUUUUUGUCCUUAAUCUUAGAAGUAGUCUAGAUCUUCUGUUGUCUGCACUUAAAUUUAACUAGAAAAUACACUUUUAUACAAGUGGGUUGAUUUAUUAGGAAGUGGCUCAUUUGGUAGUUCUCCCAUUGCUGCAGGUAUUUCUAAUUUUAAUCACCCGAAUUGGAAAGCUUCAAUUAAAUGGGGACACACCAUGUUUCCCUGUCUCCUGAGCAUUAGGCUGUUUAGUAUGACAUGGACAGGAAGAAUGCUAUUUUCAUAUUACUAAGCCCUUUAAGAACUUUCUUGGAGGAAAAAAAUGACAAGCAGAAAGGAACCAUGAUUCAUCCCAUUUCUGCUACCCAAGUUUGCAUUUCCAAUCUUGAAACCCUUUAUCCACUGUGGGACAUACUUGUCACAUUUUAUUUGUUUUAAGUUCUGUGUUCUUAGGAAAAUAGACAUCUGGCUUCUAAAAAUUACUUUAUAUGACAAUACUUAUAAGCUUUGUGUGGACAUGUGUAAGGCACAGUGACACAGCCGCAUUAUAAGUCAGACAGCAUGGGAAUGCUAUCUCCAAACCUGCCACGUCAGUGGAAUGUAACUGGUUACAUUCACUUUCACUUUGCUGUGGAGUUCUUUGUCAUGGAAUUGUGAAGACUAGGUGAAAGGACUGUCACAUGGAAGUAGAGAUGCUGGAACCAAGAGGAAAGGAGUGUUAGUAAACAAGCUAGAGAAUGGCAGAGGAAAAUGGGACUGCCCACUCUUGUUCGUUUUAUCACUGCAACAACUGAACAAAUUUCUGCACUUUUCAAGUUAAAAUUCAUGCUUUACCUAAGUAAAUAGAAGGUUUUUUUGUUUGUGAUUUAGGAAUCCUGCUGCUUUCCUCUUUGUUUCUUGUAUUGGAGGAAUAGCGAGUGAGACUGUUAUCGUUCGUUGCCAUGCCUUUGAAUAAUUAUUCAGUCUUCAUAUUUUAAGUGAAAAAUUCAGUAACAUAUCUAUUUACAAAUACAAAUCUUGGAUUGAAGUCUUUCAUAGGACCCAGUUUCUCACAAGCUUGUGUCUCAGCAGCUAUGUCCUGUGUAUGAAAUCUCUGACUGGUAAUACUGUUACAGCAUUUCAAACAUGUUUUCAGCCAAAUGUUGAGCUUUGAAGACUUUGUGAAUGCCAGCAAUACUUGCUGGCAACUGGUACUGUUAGCUGGCAUGGAAUGGCCUCUACUUAUUUCCUUCAGAGAGCCCCAUCUAAACCCAACCCCACCUCAAGUAAACUAUACAGAAACGUUCUUAGUUCUUUGCUUGGGGUUGGAUAGUAUCCUGGCUUGGAGAUCUUCAGGAUUUUGUAAUGGUGUGGCACCUUUAUAACUUUACCAGUUGUAUUUCAAUGAAAGCCUUGUCCAUAUAUUCAAAUCAUUUUUAGUUAUGUUUCUUGUGCACCAUACAUUAACUCUGUGACUAGCUGUGCCCUAAAGUUUUUUUAGAGGGGAGGCAGGUAGGGGGAACAGUAGAGGAAGAGACAGCUAGGAAGAUGACCCUGCUAGCUAGCUAAAGACAGUGUGAUGGUCAUUAGUAGCUUAAAAUACUCCAUGGUGGCAGAGGACUGGACAUGGCAUGUUAGGUGUUCUGUUCUGCUGGUACUAGGGACUGAGUCAGGGCUUCACACUCCACUGCUGAGGUUACACACUGUUUCUUGCAUGUUUGCCUAGACUAACCUGAGUUGUGGUCCUCUGACCUUCUCAAGUACUGGAAUUAAGGUCUGUCCCACCAUGUCAAAUUAGCCCCCAUGGUUUUAAAUGUCAAGAUUUGCCUGAAAUCAAAUUAGUUUAUCACCUGCCCCUGCCCUGAGAAGCAUUGAUAUUAAUAGUACCCACUGGGACCUAAGUGACUGAUCCUGGAUUUCUGAAGAUAACCAGUGACAGGGAGUGUAUUGUCAAAAUUUGGAAGUUCGUUAUGAUUGAGUGGCCAGGAUAGAGGAGUUUCCACAGUCAGAUUCCACAGUUGACUCAGUCUCGCCACUGCUCAUCCGCUCAUAAGGACAGGCACUGUCAGGCACUGUUUGUUGUUUCAGUCUGAGCACUGGUGAUGUAGCCAGAGGUUUCUCCUACUGGCAGAUUCCAGUAAGCACAAGCCUGACUGUUUUCUUGGUACAAAACAGAAUGACUCAUGAUAUGAACUGUUUUAACUCAAAGUCAUCAAUACUAAUAAUUUACCAGUCCAUUUAGAAUAUUUUAUUUCAUCUCAAAGAUUGGUUUUCAGCUUAGAUGAGUACAAAUAAGUAUUAGGAAAAGUAAAUAUGUUUUCUUCUUGAAAUUUAAUUUUAACUCAUUGAACCAUACAGCUUAAGAAAUUCUCUGAGAAGAUAUUUCUCUUGUGUUAAAUUAUAAAAUGCAUUGCCAUAUACUUUAUAGUUAAAAUAAAAGCUGUUUCAAUUAGAAAUCUUGAAAAUGAGAUUAACUUUUAAAAAGUUACCCAAAAUGUUAAGAACUUACAAGUUGUGCAUAUAAUUUUAAAGUUUGAUCUAUUUAAAGUUUUCUACUAAGAGAAAUCUUUUUUUUUUUUAAAGUUACAAGGUACCAAUUUAAACACAAUCAUUACCAUCAUGUUCCAGAGAAGAACAUUAGGAGGCCUUUCCCCCUGCUGUAACAUGUGACCUGCUUCCCUAAGCCAGAGUCUAAUUUGCACACUCUCUGGCAAGUGCCACGAGGAUUUAAUUUUCCUUCAGUAGCUUGUGAACAUUUUAUUUUAUUUAAAAAUAAUAAUUUUAAUAAAAUGUUAGGUACAAAAUGAGCUUCUAACACUUUAUAUUUUAGGCAAAGGUCUUUUCAAGUAUAAAACUACUGCUGUCUGUGAUAUUGCCGAUAUUGGGUAUGAAUCUAUAGAAAAAAGUAUAUAAUAAAUGAAUUUUAAUUUUGAAAAAAUCAGUAUAAAUUUUAAACACCAUUAUGCUAGCAUGGCAUAGUUUUAAUGAAAUGUAGAAAUCCAAGAGGGAUGUAGUUAAGUCCUUUUAUCCUGUUUUAAUUAUUUCCAGUCGUCAUCUUAGAUAUUCAUAGCACCUAUGAAUACAGAGAAUGUUACUGGCUUAAUAGAAUACAUCAGUGUUAACCGUGCUUAAGUGGACCAUUUUCUGGCAGUGGUGAAAGAGCAGUGGAGAUUAGAGCAUCAUUGAAACUAACAUGGAUCCACUGUAGAACAAACGACUGUUUUAGUCUUGCCUCAAGUAAACUAAGUAUGUACAGUGUUUAAAGUCCUUGUACAUAAUGCUUGUGUUAAAAUGUUUUGGUAGUAUUAAAAAGUGAGCAGAUUACUAUUUUUUGUCAGUAGUCUCAGAUAAAUAUACCUGCCGCAUAACCGUGCUGCAUGAAGUGGAAACACUGUGGCUUCAAGACUUGGCAUUACUCCAGAUGGCAGAAUAGCUAUGUGACACGUUGGGUAGUUUUUUGGGUUUUAAUCUCAUUUGAAUGUACAGUGUGAAACCUGUACUACUAAAUAUGCUGAUUUUUUUUUUUUUUUUGUGCUUCAAUCAUGUUUGAAGAAACAUCUUCUUCCAGCUUUACAAUUACAGUCCUGAGCUACAUAAUUGGGAUUAACACUGGCCUGACUGAAUGACAAGUAAAUACCAUUUGAGUGAAUACCAUUUGUAAACUAUUUGAACACUGGGUGGUGUGGAAUCUAUGAGUAAGAAAAUAGUAAGUAAAGUCUUCCCACACAAACUCACUGCUGCGUAAGCAUGUAAGUCCUACUAGUUACUGCCCAUUGUCUGGGGACUGAGGGUUCAAUAACAUGCGAGGGGUCACAUCACCACUGCCACACCAUACAUCUGUUGACCGUCUACUUGACCGUUGACAACAGUAAGAGUACCUACCAUGACCAACGGUGAGAUUGCUGUGACAGGCAUUGUCAAGACCAUUCCUGUGUAUGCUAUGUGGCCAGAUGCAAGAAGCUGAUGUGGAAUCAUUGUAUAUUUUUAGUUGCAAAGAUUUUUACCCAGUAUUGUUAGCAGAGUAGUUUUCCAAAACAGAAUUAUCUGAAAGGAAGCCAGGAGAAGAGGCUGCUGCUGCUGCUUUCUACGGUGUUGAUUGUAUUGUAUGCUAGGGAUAGCGAGCAAACUCUCAGAGACAUGUAAGAAUCAGAGGUAUGCAGUGCAUCAUGAAAUGUAGACCUGGGAAGUAUUUGAGGAGGAGAGAUGGAGUAAGAAUCAGUUUUAAUUGGAUAAAUUCCCUUGUCACUCUGGGAGUCUGUGAAUCAGGUUGUAACUCUUGCUUUAAAUACUAACAUCAGUUGAUACUAACUUUAUAAAGAUAUAAAAAUAUAUUUUAACAACUUUAUUGUAUCAUAGCUGUAGUUGUUUAAAGUGGGAAAAUGCCCAAAUAAAGUGUUAGAUUACAAUAUGUAAUAGAUGCUUUCAAACUGAGGUUUUUUUUUUUUUUUUUUUUAAGUUAUAAUAAUCUAAAUAGCCCAAUAAUCUGGCCUUUGUAAACUGUUCCACAAUUCUGGUUACUUUUCAAGUAUUUCAAACUGUAUACUUAAGUUGUAAAAUACCCUGGGCUGUUCUUGCAUAUGUAUUCUUAGACCUUCAGAAUUCAGCUGAGAACACAGAUUAUAAUUUUUAUUGUGUGAUUUCCUACAUUGAUGUACCAGACUGCUAAUCACCUCAUUCAAAAGAUCGGUCUCCCCCCCCCCCCAUAGGGGAUUAAAAAGACAAAAUUCAGAAAUUCUUGGAAAGUACAGGGAAUGAGGUUAUGUGUUGCAGACAGCCGUGCACAGAGGUAGAUGCUGACUGACAUAAAGCCUCUUGAUUCAGUUAGAACUCUUUGCCUUUCUACCACUUAAAAUUUGUUUCACAAGGGCAAGUUGCUGUGAUUAACCUUUUUUAAAAAAUCCUUUAAGAAUAUUUAAAAAAAAAAAUCUUCUCUUUGGUUUUUACCAUUGUUCUAAAAUCAAAGUUCUAUAGUUACAAAAAAAAAAAAUCUCAAAAGAUGAUUCAUCAAGAAAAAAAAAGCAUCCCCCAGGGGGUAAAGAAAACAUGUUUUAAUCUUAGAGAAAGCAAAUAUUAAGGUUAUAUAGCUGUGUCUUACAUUGGACGUUGUAUUAGAGUCCUCCUCACAGGAAAUUAUAUAGUUCUAGCACCCUUAGCAUAGACUUAUUAGACUGCUGCCCAUAGCUACAGUUUUACAAUGUAUAACCUGAAAAUGAAGUUAAUUUUGCAUUAUAAGAGCACACCAUUAUCUAUGUAAAAAGUGUUCGUUUGAUGUAUUUUUUUAAGAAGAGAAAGCACUUUCAUAUUAAGUCGCAUGUGUAUGAACUUUAGACUUCCUGUUUGUGUGUCUAUUCAGUGAAAAACAAUGGAGCAUCAGAUGUUUGCUGGCAGCGUAACUGCUAAUGGAAGCACCUUAUACUCUGCUGCUUAAACUUGCUUGGAUUGCACCUUUGUUACCUGCACACUUUCACAUAGAGUAUUGUAACAUGGCUUCGAGUGGGUCUGGGUGGAAGACUAGUGGUGGGCCUACAGGAUCUUUUAUUUAUGUUGUUUAUAUUACGAUAAUAUAUUGUAGACCAGUUGUAACUUCAGUUCUUUACAAAUAAAAGCCUGACUGGUUAUCGAA